AAUUAUAUUUCCUUAUUUAACAAAAUCACCGAUCAAAAUUGGUGGCGGCCAUUUAAAAUAAAGAAGAAGAAUAUGUAUAUGGAAUUUUAUUAAAUCUUUGAAUAAUUAUUCUUAAUACUCAGAAUAACAUGUGUAACAAAGGUCAUGCCACAACAACUACUAAGUAAAACUACAUGCUGCCUAUCAGUGCAAUCCCUUUCUAUAACAAUUUCCGUGUUCAAGUAUAUAAAAUGGCAGUGGUUUCUUCUAUAAAUCAUCACAUUUCUAUUGGCACCAAACAGUAAAGUGCAAAUAUCAGCGGAAAAAUAAUGGCUACUAAACUCGCAGUUGUCAUCAUCAGCUUGGUUGCGGCGAUAUCGGCUAGCAAUCGAACUGAGAAAAGAAGUGUAGGUUGGGAACCACCUGCAUGGCCACCCGUGGGCUGGGUUCCGCCUCUGCAAGGACACGGAGGCUGGUCGUCUGAUACCAACUCGGACGUAGCUGGUGCGGUGGCGGCAGCGAAGGCGGCUGCUGCAGCUGUCAUGGCGGCACAGCAUGAGGUGGCUGCAGCAAAACACGCAGCUUUAGAGCAGCAAGGAUUCGCCAGCGCAAAGGAAGCCGCUGCUGCUCAUGCGGCGCAUAGGAGUGAGGAAGCUGCGAGACAGGCCCGUGCUCAUGCCCUCGAAGCAGCACAGGCAGCAGUACAGUCGCAGGCACAGUUGGCCGCAGCGAAGGCUCGGGCUGCAGUCGCACAAAAGAUCGCUGCAGCGCGUGAAGCAGCUGCUGCUAAGGCCAUACAACGUGCGGCUCAUAACCAAGCAGCGAGAUUACAGAACGCUGAUAUAGAAGCACUGAAGUUAUCAGUCAUCCAGAGCUCAGGGGCUGCUGGUGCCGCAGGCGCUGCUCAGCAUGCAGCCACAGCAGCCGCAGCCGCCCUCCGUCCACAGGUCUUCACUCCUGACUCCACUUGGCCCAAGCCCUGGUCAUCUGGAUGGACACCAUCCCCUGGACCUUGGAAUUGGCCUUAAAAUCUUUCAAACGAACAUUAUUGUUCUAUAUAUUUUCACUUUACCAUAUUACUUAUUACAUACAGUAAUUCGUUUUUAUUAUGAAGGUAAUAUAAUAUAGUAAUUUUAAUUCGAAUAUGUUUUUAAUCUAGAUAUUAUAAAUUGACCAUUUUGUUUAAUUAGUAGAUCUAAG